AUGAGUGAUGACUACCUUGGGUGGGGGCCCGUCUCUCACUCCAAUACUGAUCCGGAUAUAACCAAUUCCCCAACAGCUCACGAAACUCGAAUUCUGGAGGAAUUUCUUGAUCAUUAUGGCACCCCAGACGCUAUUCCGACAGCCGAAGCAGCCCGUCAGCUCAUGUCCCUCUGCAACGACAGCCGCCAGGGAAUCGUGGCCGCUGUUGACAAAGGCGAGAGUGUUUCAUGGUUACUGUGGGGUACUGGGACGGAGAUGCCUCGUCAUCAGCCUGCGAUACUGAGGUUGUUAGAGGCCAUUCGAGCGCUUCCGGAGUUGGAGAUGACCGAUGAGCAGAGGCUCAUGUGGUGGUGCAAGGACAGGUUCGAACAGUGGAGAGACUUGCGAGCAUUUGAUAUUCUUUGGUUCGAGUCUUGGGAAAUGGCUGAUAUCUCCAUUACAGCCUGUUUUGUACUCAGAUAUGGCCGAGGCCGUAACAUGGAGGCCAGUAAUAUGUUUCGCCGCAUCAACGCUUUCAAUGCGCAUCAUCUUGCAAUGUAUCCACCAGAUUGUGUCAUUUCAAACGAACUCAGCAGGGCAUUUCAGGUCCUCGUUGUCACAUUAGAGCAGGAUCCAUGGAACCACGGGCCACCGACACAACCGGUCACCUCGUUGAAUGUUGAUGUGCAUGCUCUGGUCCCUUUUCUUGAGAUUUCCGGCGACGUCAUCUUCAGCCUGAUGGAUCAGUGUGACCUCUCUAUGGUUGAACUACCAAAAUCAUCCGAUCACAACCUGUGGAAUGGAGAUUCUAAUUUCUCAAUGGCUCGCUGGGAGUUCUGGAAGGAGCGGCUACGAUGGAUAGGCGAGCAGAAUGAGCUGAUGGAGAUGACACGGUAUGAAGCUCAUAGGAUGGUACAAUUGAUGCACGAUAUUGAGCAACGGGGCUCAGCUUGA